CUUCUCUGUAGUAAACAGUAGCACAUCGGUCUUCUUCGUGUCUUUGGAUUUUCUUUUUAGAUUUGGUUUCAACCAUAUAUCAUAUGAGCCACAUUUCUCUCUACGAUCAACAUUUUUAAGAGAUAUAAAUCAUAUAAUAAGGAAAAUAUAUAAGAUUUGAUUCUGGUUUAUCUUUUUCUGAAUUUGUUUCUGGUCGGAAGAUCUAGUAAAUAUUUGAUAAUGGAUUCAUGUCAUAAACAGAGGGAGCUCCGUACGUGAUUUGGCCCUCUUUUCUUUUACACAUAUCUCUUGAAUUCAUUUUUUAUUUCUUUUCCCGGGGAAAUAGUUUAUUUGUUUAUUAUAAAGUAUGCUGCUAUGUGUUAAGUCUAGUGGUCUGAAUCUUGAAGUGAGGCAGGGGAUGAAGACGAUGAGUUUCUUCAUGAAAAUGUAUUAAAGUAAGGAGCAUAGAGAAGCUGCGGAGUGGAAGUACAGUGUUCUUUCACUGGAAAGAAGAGAAACAAACACUUUCAUCUUCUUCAAUUUUAACACAAAUUUUGGAAAUGCUUAUGUAAAAUUCUGCUUGCAACGGCUUGUUCUCUGAGAUGUUCCCAGAGUUGUUAUCAGAAGAAGAAGUAUAAAGUUUCAUUAGACCCAAUGGACAACAUCAGCACUUAUAGUUCUCUGGACAAUGUUAUAACUAACCCAAACCAUCUUCUCAUGGAUUUGAUACCUUCAAGAGAAGAUUCCACAUCAUUUCCAACAAUGCUUCCAUGGAAUUCCAUCAGACAAGAUCCUCUACAAAUGGGUGGCUUUGAUAUCUUCAACUCUUUUCUCACUAACAAGUACUUAUCAUCUACUUCAAGAUCUACAAAUGUUCAUGAGACCAGCUUUGAGGCCAUGGCUCCUCCUCUUCCUCCUCCUUCACUUCAUCCUAUGGAACAUCUAAGACCAUAUGAUGAUCCCUCAAACAACAUGUGGAGUCUUGGUGAAAAUAGUGAGUUUCAUGCAUAUCCAUUCAUAGAAGGUGUUGUUGGUCCUAGUGAACCAAUAAUAUCUACAUUCGGUGAAGAAGGUUUCCCAAGAAACGAGCUCUCGUUAAGUCUUGCCACAGAUGUUUCUAAUGAAAGCUCGGAGAUAAGCCUUUGCGCUGCUACUAAAUCUACAAGAAUAACCUCAGAGCAAGCUUCUUCCAGCAGCAAACACGUUUCUAAUAACGUCUCUCAAGUGAUAUUUGGCUCAAAGUACCUUCACUCCGUUCAAGAAAUACUAUCUCAUUUCGCCACAUACUCCCUCAACGGCAUAGAGACUAAUCCUCAAUGCUACUUUUCUUCUCGAGGAACCGAGUCAGAGGGUACAAACUCAGCCUUUGUCUCAUGUUAUGAGAAUCUAAACGAGUUUCUUGAUGGCGGUUCGCAAAGAAGAGCAUUAGAAGCAAAGAAAACCCAUCUCUUGGAUCUUCUUCAAAUGGUGGAUGAUCGAUAUAGUCAUUGCGUUGACGAGAUUCAUACGGUUGUAUCAGCCUUCCAUGCAGCAACCGAGUUAGAUCCUCAGCUACACACCCGGUUUGCACUCCAAACCGUCUCCUUCUUAUACAAGAACCUGAGAGAGAGAAUCAGCAAGAAGAUACUCAUGAUGGGAACGGUUUUGGAGAGAGGCAAAGAGAAGUCUCAAGAAGACUCAAUCUUCCACCAGCAUUGCCUUCUUCAGCAGCUAAAACGUAAGAACCAUCAGAUUUGGAGACCGCAACGAGGCUUGCCUGAGAAAUCAGUCUCGGUUCUACGUACAUGGAUGUUCCAAAACUUUCUUCACCCUUACCCGAAAGAUUCAGAGAAACAUCUUCUUGCUAUACGUAGUGGAUUGACAAGAAGUCAGGUAUCAAACUGGUUUAUAAAUGCGAGGGUAAGGCUAUGGAAGCCCAUGAUAGAAGACAUGUACGCAGAAAUGAACAAGAGGAAGCUGAGUAACACUCCCCUUCAAGGUGGCAAUGGAGGAAGUUUUAUUAGAGUGCCAAAGUCUGUAAUGAUGAGCCAAGAAAGGGACAAAAUAAGAGAAUGAUUGUGUUACAACUUUGUUUACGCAAUCGUUACAACUUUUACCACGUAUUAUGAUUGUUUUGACUUUUUGUUAUAAUUGUAUAUACUGCUUGUUGUAUCUCAUAUAUUGCUGUUUUGUA